GGGAAGGGGGCUAAGGAGCCACGGAUAUUUCAUUAAAAUGUCCAAAGAUUUAUCAGCAGCACCCGAACUGCCUAAAGAAGAUGGCAGACCCAAGUGGGACAAUAAGUUCCAGUACAUUCUAAGCUGUAUUGGAUUUGCUGUUGGCCUGGGGAACGUGUGGCGAUUUCCGUACUUGUGCCAGAUACAUGGAGGCGGGGCUUUCCUGAUCCCAUACUUCAUCGCUCUUCUCUUCGAAGGAAUCCCACUGCUACAUCUGGAGCUGGCCCUAGGGCAGUACCUGAGGAAAGGCAGCAUUGGGGCCUGGAACACCAUCUCUGCUUACCUUGGAGGCAUUGGAGUUGCUUCGUGGAUGGUGUCGGUUCUGAUAAGCUUGUACUACAACACUGUUUUAACUUGGGUGAUGUGGUACUUCAUAAACUCCUUCCAAGAACCUCUUCCUUGGAGUGUUUGUCCUCUAAACGAAAACAGAACAGGCUUCAAUGAAGAAUGUUACGAAAGCACUGCAGUAAAUUAUUUUUGGUACAGGAAAACUUUGAACAUAACACCUGAUAUUGCUGAGAGUGGCAGGUUACAGUGGUGGCUCAUUUUGUGCUUGGCAGCUUGCUGGGCAAUUGUCUAUCUCUGCACCAUCCGAGGAAUUGAAACCACAGGGAAGGCAAUUUAUGUGACAGCAAUAUUUCCAUAUCUGGUCCUGACUAUAUUCCUUAUUCAAGGACUCACUCUGCCAGGAGCCACAGAAGGUCUGAUUUACCUCUUCACCCCUAAUCUGAGCACUUUGAAAAAUCCCCGUGUAUGGCUUGAUGCAGCUACACAGAUUUUCUUCUCUCUCUCUCUGGGUUUUGGAGGGCUUAUUGCAUUUGCAAGCUACAAUCCAACAAAAAAUGACUGUGAAAAGGAUGCUGUGACAGUAGCAAUUGUGAACAGCAUGACAUCCCUCUAUGCUUCCAUCCCAGUCUUUUCUGUUUUGGGGUUUAAAGCAACCACAGCCUACUGGGACUGCUUGGACAGGAACAUUAUCAAUAUCAUCAAUGAAUUUGAUCUUCCAGAAGAAAGCAUCAUGCGACAGAACUACACAUCCUGGAUUAGUUUUUUGAAUUCAUCAUAUCCAGAAAAAAUUGCUGGACUCAAACUUAAAAGCUGUGAUCUUCAAGAAUUUCUUGAUCAGAGUGUCUCAGGAACUGGCUUGGCUUUCAUCGUUUUCACUCAAGCUAUCAUCCUCAUGCCAGGCUCCCAAGCCUGGGCCAUCCUGUUUUUCAUAAUGUUGUUCAGCUUGGGCCUUUCUUCGAUGUUUGGAAACAUUGAGGGUGUCUUCACUCCUCUUCUAGAGCUUCAAAUUGUACCUAAAUCAGCACCUAAAGAGCUAUUAUCUGGUAUAAUCUGUCUAAUUAGCUUCCUCAUUGCUCUGUGUUUUACACUGGGUUCAGGGAGUUACUGGAUUGACAUUUUUGACAGAUAUGCAAGCUCAGUGCCUCUUCUAGUCAUUGCUUUCUUUGAAGUGAUUGGAGUUGUGUACAUCUAUAAAAUUAACAGGUUCAGUAAAGAUGUGGAAUGGAUGACUGGACGAAAACUCAAUCUCUACUGGCAGAUCACAUGGAGGUUUAUUAGCCCUCUGCUCCUGCUAAUUGUCUUCACAGCCUUCGUUACUCUCCAGCUGCAGAAGCCGCCAAGCUACACAGCCUGGAACCCUAAAUAUGAAGGCUUCCCCAUGAAAGAGGAGAAAGUUUAUCCACCUUGGGUACAGGCCAUUUGUGUGCUGUUGGUGGCUCUUCCUUGCAUGUGCCUACCUCUGGCAGCACUCUUCCACCUGGUCAAACAAAAGCGCAGGAGCAAGGACCCAAGCCUUGUACCAUCAGAAGUCUUCUCCUGUCAGGGGGCUAACAUCAACUUUUCUCAUCCAAAAGAAUAAAUAUCCAUUGUACCUGUCUGUCAGCACAAAUAAGACAGCCUUUGUUAGACAUUAUUUUAGCUGUCAUUUGGUAUCAUCCAACCAACCUGCUAUACACAGUUCAUAUGCUUACAGCAAUCACUACACUCUGUAAACAAUGCUGUUGUGUUUCCUUUAAUUUCAACCAAUUUCACAGCUGCAUGUACCUCUCCAGCCAGAAUUUAAACUUGGAAAGCCUG